AUGUCAAUGUCUAUUGAUUUCUACUACUUUGCAAGAUCUCUCCUAAUUCUUUUCAUUGUCUUGCAAAUUUCUGAUAUCACAGCAAUAACAGUCCGAGCUUUCGGCAAUGAUGGAAAUUCAGUGGAGCAUGGCAUUCAAUACGGUCGAACGAAUUUUUCAUGCUUCAAUGGUGGAUCAUUAAUUAAUGGCAAAUGUUACUGUCAAGAACGAUUUGAAGGUGAAGCAUGCGAAAUCGAACCAUGCUUACAUGGUGGCAGAAAAUCAAAAACCGGCAAAUGCCAUUGUCCAUACGGUUUAACAGGUGAAAGAUGCGAAAUGGUAACACAAUGUAUCGAAGGGAAGGGAAAGUUAGAAAACGGUCGAUGUAGAUGCGAAGAUCGAUGGACUGGAAUAUUUUGCCAAUCUCGAAUGUGCCAUAAUGGAAUUUCUGUUGGAUCCGGAGGACAGAUGGGUAGCUUCUGUCUCUGUGAUAUUGGUUUCACUGGUCCAUUUUGUGAAACACCAAUCGAAUGUAAACAUGGUAGAAUUACAGUGGAGAAUAUUUGUUCCUGUGCACCAAAUUGGGUUGGUGAAGAUUGCAAUCAAUGUGCUUACGAACAUCAAUUGAUUAAUGGUGAUUGUAAAUUGAUCUCGACAAAUUCUUUGGUAGCCGUACGAAAUUCGAAAGCAAUCACAUUAUGGUCACUUAUUUUGUUAAUUGCAGCAGCAUCAUUUUCAACAAUACUUAUUGCUGCCGUAAUUACCAUUUAUAUCAAGAAGUGCAAAAGUAAACCAAGUAGGGUCAGUUCAGAUGCUGGCACUGAUGUUUAG